GUGUCAUAUAAACUACACCUGUUUCAAGAGGGUUUAAUUCACACAGUUUGUGUCUUCUAUUAAGGACGUCUCAUUUUCUUCAUCACUGCCACCAUGGCCUCUAGCAUCACAACGCAUACAUACUCUGCAGCCCGCCAGCCAUCUUUCUCUAGCUCUUCUUUGCGAGAUGGAGGCAUUCGGGGCCGCUCUAAAGCCCCUGGUUUCUCUUCAGCGAGCACCCUCUCACUCUCCCGUUCCAUGUCUGUGGGCAACGGCCUGAACAAACUAAGCAACCUCUCUCUGAAUGGCACUAGUGAGAAAGAGACAAUGCAGGGUCUCAAUGAUCGACUGGCCAGUUAUCUAAGCAAAGUGCGGUCACUGGAGAAGUCCAAUACUGACCUGGAGCUGAAGAUCAAGCAGACCAUGCUGGAGAGGAUGCCCAAAGGUCAUGACAUAGAAGGCAUGAUCGCUCAAGCUCAUGCUAUCGGACAGGAGGUAAGGAAAAAGACACUAGAGAAUGCUCGCAUUAUGCUGGAAAUUGACAACGCCAAGUUAGCUGCAGAUGACUUUCGGAUUAAAUGGGAGACAGAAGUUGCUCUGUGUCAGUCAGUGGAGAGGGACUGUGUUGCUCUUCGCAGGGCUAAACAAGAGCACGACCAGAUUAACACAACCCUCAGAGGAGACCUCGACAGUUUAAAAGAAGAGCUGUUUUUCCUGAAGAAGAACCAUGAAGAGGACAUGAACACACUGAAGGCCCGUUUGGCCAACGAGCAGGUGAAUGUAGAGGUGGAUGCAGCACAGGGGCCAGAUUUAGGAGCUGUCAUGGCUGAACUGAGGGCCCAGUAUGAAGGCAUCGCUCGCAAAAACAAGGAGGAUGCCGAAAUGUGGUACCUAAAAAAGCUGGACACAGUGCAGUCGGAGGUAAAGGAGAGUAAUGAAGCUCUACGAUGUGCUCAAAACGAGCUCAGUGAAAGACGUCGCUUCCUGCAGGGGCUUGAGGUGGAGCUGGACAGCCUGCGUAAACAGGUUAGUGUUCUGGAGGGGAACCUUGGAGAGACAAACAAUAAAUACACCCUUGAGAUGGAAAACAUGCAGGGAACACUGACACAGCUGGAGGAUGAACUCUCACAACUUCGCCUGGACAUGCAGCGCACCAAAACUGACUAUGAACAGCUACUGCGGGUCAAACAAAACCUGGAGCUGGAGAUCGCCACCUACAGGAGACUGCUGGAAGGAGAGGAGGUGGUCAAAGAGUCUCCAGCACCUAAAAAAGUACCUGAGGUGAAGACACGCAAGAUUGUUAAGGUGGUCACCCAGACUAUGGUCAAUGGUAAAGUGGUGGAUGAAUCAAGUGAGGUGGAACAGUUUGAGGAGCGCAAGUGAACCUCCCUUCAGAAGCAUUCACAAUCAUUACUGCUCCAGUGUAGUAGUGAGUGUCAAUAAACAGUACUUUGGAAAUGAAACACUUGGCAUAUUAAUUACAACUAGCAAUUGUUUCUAAAGGUAAUUUUUAACAUUUGCAUUAUUAAGAUUAUUUUUGGACUUCUCAACACAUAAGUUGAAAUGUGAAGUACAACAACGGAUAUUGGAGAUACUCUGGUUAACUGUGGUACAGGCUGAUAGCUACAGAGUAGUCAAGUCAAGUUUAUUUCUAUUGCGCUUUUCCCAACAGACAUUGUCUCAAAGCAGCUUUACAGAAUUAAACAGUCAAGGUGAACGAUGUGUAUUUAUCCCUGAUGAGAAAGCCAUGGAGAC